GCUCACCGCGAAUGUGUGUUGUAGUCGGUUAGCGCAACCGGUGGUCGGCGGUCGUGAUCUUGCCUCUUCGGCUAAUUGUUUUUUUAAGUGUUUUUAAAGUGUGAGUGAACAGUGUUAACGGUACGGCCGGCGUUGGCUUGCAGAUAACGCUGAAAUGUUCAAGUAUUGAAACAGUUUUUGAUAAACAGUUUACGUAAAAUUAGCAAAAAUGCCGCACGUCGACAACCGGCAAGCGACGGCGACAGAAGAUUUCCGGCGCGUGUUGCGGGAAAAAGCGCUGAGCCACAGUCUGUUCUACAUGAAGCUGAGCGCAGGAGUCGCGCCGGAGCUCGCGCGGGAGCCGGCGCCCGCGCACGCGCCGCGCAGAAACGGCGGCAGUGCGGGCGCGCGCGCGCCGCCGAUCGGCCGCGUCCCUCGACAGGCGCAACCGCGCGUCUCCGAACUGCUGCGACGCUUCGAACCCGCCCCGAUGCAGUACCUCAGACCCCCGCGGAACUCCUCGCCACCAGAGUACAUUUCAUCCUCUGACGACGACGACCGCGCCGCCGUCAGACGCCGCAGCCGCGAUUUGAGCGACGAUUCUGCCGUCGAAUUGGAGACGCGUUUGCGGAGACACUCACAUCCUCGCGACAUCACGCCUCCGCCAGAUACGAUGUCGCCCAGACGGGAGAGGACUCUGAUCGAGGCCAAUGUGGUGGAGCUGGGGCGGAGGAGCAGCGAGGGCUGUGAGAUCCGCGGGCGGUGCGUGAGGACGCCCAGCGUAGUGGUGAGCGACUACUCGGACGGCGUGGUGGCGGUGGGCGCCACGGAGGAGGAGGUGGACUGGCUGCGCUCGCGCUCGCUCUCCGCCGAUUCCGCCUGCUCGUCCUGUUCCACGCUCUCCAGCCGCGAGGACGACGAGUUCGAAUCCCCGACGAUGCCAAAAAAGAUGAUUAAUGCAGAUUGAGGGCUGGUCUUCUGAGCGACCUGCGGGCGAGGCAAAGGAACGACGGCAGGAUCUAACGUUACCUAUUGCACUCUCUUUAGACUUAUGGAGCUACCCAGGAACUGUGUUGAAACUUGGCGGUGAUUCUUUUAGACAUUAAUGAAACGAAAUAUUGUAAAGGUAUCUUAUAGAGUCCUUCAUAAUUAAGAGCGUUACUAAGGUUGAUAUCGAGUCCAUUUUUUUCUGAUGAUAAGUCAAUUAAAGCUGAUAAAUGUCCUUCAACUUAAAGUGUUAUGUAUUUUGAGCUGAAAAGAGGUUUUCUAGAAAAAAUAUGAUUAUUUAUUGCAUGCAUUUGCCUCACGAAAGUUAAGUCGUAAACUUUUUAAACUCUCGUUAAUUAUUGAUUGUAGUUUUUAAUAGCAAUACUUAAAUAUACUAGUUACUGUAUAAAGGAAUCAUCGCCAAUAGUUUAAUAGACUUUCCUAAAUCAAGUUUUGUGGGUGUUCUUAGACUUUCUUAGAUUUGAAAUAAAUAGUGACUUAUCCUUCUGACAUUUCAGUUCUAUAACUCACAUUUUUGACUUGUCAUUCAAUCUUAUUUACAAAUUAAUUAAUUUUAUUUUAGUAUAUUUCUUUCUACUAUAAGGAAAAAGGAACAAAUAUCGUAAAGAAAAUUUAAAAAGAGCGUUUUCUAAAAUCUUUAAUUUGAGGCAAUUUCAGUAGUAGAGCGAUGUAGCGAAUAGCGCCAGUUCUCUCAUGACUGACCAAUGAUGACAUGUUAUUCAAUUCAUACAAUUUAGUUCUAUCAAAUUAGUCUGCUUUCAGACAGUAACUUAAAUCGAUUUAUUUGUGUAAUUGCAGUUGUGGUAGAGUUUGAACAGCAAAUACUAUUUUGAUAGCUCUAAGUUCUUUCAAAAUAAUAAUUUAUAUAUUUUUAAACCUCAAAACCGUUUAUAAACGUCUUAUACUAUACAUUACCUAAUAACGAGUAACAUAAGACAUGUAAUAUGUUUAUUAUUUAGUGUAUUAAUAAAGGAUUGCCUAUAGAGAGAGAUCUAGCAAAACUAAAUUAAUUCCGUAGGAACUUCUCAAUAUUUCUUCUUUCCAAUUUAUUAUGAAUGACACGUCAUAGUGCAGUAGACUAGAUGUUCGUUGUAAAUCAUAAAACAUUUUGAAUUAGAUUCUUUGAGAAAUUGCAUCAUUUCAUUAAUUUAAGAUAAAGGUACUCAAUUUUAUAAAUAAGAACUCUUUGUAGAGGCUAUAGCGUUUUCGCUAAAAUUGAAGAUAAUUUACCUACUCGAAAAUAAUUUAAUUGAUGAGGUAUGUAAAGCGAGAAAGAAAUCUUUAUUAUUUAAUUCAAAAAAUGACUCCGAAAAUAAAAUUGACAGUAUUUAUGCUCCUUGUAUCUUCAGCACAAAAUAAUAAAAUAAUCAUCUAAACUUAAUACACAGUAACAAAAUUAAAACCAAAGUUUUACACAUUUACUUGCCAAAUCAGUAUCAAAAUAAAUAUUUUUCAUUACUAUUACCUAUAAGUUAUUUCUAAAUAAUUUAACGUAUCAUUAUUAAACAUGCAUUAAUUAAAAAUAGACCAAAUAUUGUUAAUUUUCAACUGUUAGGUAUUUUGCAGUAACAAAUAUUUUAUUAUGAUACACAUUCCUUAUAACUGCUGUAGAUUUAUUAUUGUAUUCUUAAAUGUAUUAUUAUGCCUUGAUAUUUGACGAGUUGUGAAAGUACCGUCAAUAUUCGAAGUUCUUGGAGUAGGAAUGUGGCCGUUGAUGAAGUAAGACAGCGCUAUUCAAUGUAGAGCGCCGUCUCGCUUUCACAUUGAUAUAUUCCUACUGUCAGAACUCGUAGUACAGAGGCUUUGAAAAUUAUAAUUAUUUAACCUCUUUUUGGGCAAAUUUAUAAAAAUUGCGCUGUGGAAAGUUACUGUUUCAAUACCAAUUUUAGCAGGAUAUUUUAUAUUAUUAUGAGCAAUACUUUUUUUGCUGUAAAUUGUUCCUCUUGUAUACUCAUAAUUGAAUGAUAAUUAUCCAAACACUGUGUACUGAAAUCAUACAUUUUAUUUAAGAACUUUUUCAAGACGAGGCUAAAAUAUAUUGGAAUAAUUUGUUUUAAUGUUUGUUCUUUAUGAAAAUACUUUAUGAAUGAUUCUCAUAAUUAUAAAUAAUUAUACUAUUGUAA